AUGGCACAAUUCAAUUAUCUCAAUGAAUUAAAUAGUUUAGCGACGCUAGACGGUCCUAUUACCCGCGGACCGCUUCAGCGCUGGGUAAAGAAAAGCGGUAGUGAAAAUAUAAACCCGUCCCUAAGUAAUUCAUUAAAAAAUGUGUCGAAUGCAAAUAUGAGCGGUGUCAAUCAGUCGAUGCAGAAACUUUCAGUAUCAAACCAGAGCUGCAACAAUAGUAUUCUCUCGACAAACAAAACACCAACGCGACUUGAGUCUAGGAAAAGCAAAAAGACGCCAUCGAAGAAUAAGUCGCCAGGCCGCUCUACAACUCCAACACCUAACAAAGCAUCGAAAACUCCAAACAAAGCUGACCGAUUUAUUCCUUCAAGGUGUAACACUAAUUAUGAACUAUGUCAUUAUAUGAUGACACGUGAGGAAGAUAAAAAUGAAGAACCGUCAGCCACUGGAGAGGCUAUUGGAAAGGCUUUGGCAGAUAUUGAGCCAGGCCGGCUGCUACAAUACACUUGCAAGGCCCCAGCUGCACCUGAGGGAUACCAGAAUCGACUUAGAGUUGUAUAUUCACAAGCUAAAGUACCAUCAAGUGUUAAAAAUUCAACUCGCUACAUACCCCACACUCCAGACAGAAUUCUAGAUGCACCUGACAUUGUAGAUGACUAUUAUCUAAAUAUAAUUGACUGGAGUGCAUCAAAUAUCUUGGCUGUGGCUCUCGGAAAUGCUGUAUACUUAUGGAAUGCAGGAACAGGACAAAUUGAGCAGCUAUUAAGCUUAGAGGGGUCAGAUCCUGUGUGUUCUGUCUCUUGGGUACAGGGUGGUGGAUCGCAUUUGGCUGUCGGUACCACAACUGGUACUGUUGAACUCUGGGAUUGUGAGAAGAUGAAGAGAUUGAGGGUAAUGGAUGGUCACACAGCCCGUGUUGGUUCAUUAUCUUGGAACCUUUAUGUAAUUUCGAGCGGUUCGCGAGAUGGAAACAUAGUCCAUCACGACGUACGCCAACGCGAUCACAACAUCGCCACUAUCAAUGCGCACACCCAAGAGAUUUGCAACCUGAAAUGGUCACCGGAUGGUAAACACUUAGCAUCGGGUGGUAAUGACAACCAACUGAACAUUUGGCCAGCCGCACAAGGACAACAUUACAGCCAGCCCCAAUUCUUAUACUCCUUCAGCAAUCAUCUGGCUGCGGUGAAGGGAUUAGCCUGGUGCCCUUGGAGUAAUGGUAUACUGGCAUCUGGGGGUGGCACUGCUGAUAGGACGAUACGCAUUUGGAACGUGAAUACUGGCGCUAACCUCGCUUCCGUUGACACAAAAUCACAGGUGUGUUCAAUUGUGUGGAGUACACACUACAAAGAGUUGAUGUCUGGGCACGGUUACGCGAACAACCAGCUCGUGAUAUGGAAAUACCCUACUAUGGCGCGAGUUGCAGAACUGACCGGGCACGUGGCUCGUGUUCUACAUCUCUCGCUGUCUCCAGAUGGUACCACUGUUCUAUCUGCGGGUGCGGAUGAGACCUUAAGACUGUGGAAGGCCUUCAUGCUGGAUCCAACGAAAAAGAAAGAGUCGGUUGACGCCAGAGCCGCCAAGUCACUUCUCAACAUGAACUCGUUGAUAAGAUAA